AUGUCAGGACAUUCUUUACUCAUUAAAGAUCCCACUAAACUGGAAAAAUUACUUGAUUUUGCACAGAAAGGAGGUAUUGGAAAAGGGAUUGCUAAUCAAGAUAUUACAGCAAGUGGUGAAAAUGAUUUAAUGUUUUUUACUGAACAAUUAUCACCAAUAAAUAAAAUCAAUCGUAAUAAAGGACUUGAAAUCAUCGUUAAUCAAAAAAUAUCAUCAAAUCAUUCAUCAUCAACAAUCCCAAAUUCAACUUCGCCAAAACUUACAAACCACAUUAAUACAACUGAGAUAAAUCAAACUUAUCAACUGAAUUCAAGAAAUUUAAAUAAUCAUAAUCAUAAUAACAGAAUGCAAGUAUCACCCAGAAUUUCACCCGCACCCUUGCCAAAUUCAGCACAUUCUAUAAAUUCUAAAUCAAUCAAUCAAAUCUCAUAUAAUGGCCAACUUUCACUAAGAAGUGCAUCUCCUAUCUCACAAAAUUCUAUAAACAAUUAUAAUAAUGUUUCGGAAUAUCAAAAGAAUCAAUCAAUGAAUCCAAACAUCGUUUCUAAUAAAAUAGGUCAUUAUUCACCAUCAACUUCACCAUUACCAUCACCAGCUUUUCCAAAAGUUAUGAUAAAUGAUUCACCUAUAGUAGAUAGUGUUGGCGAUGAUGAUGAUAUAAAUGAUUAUAAUAUGUAUCCUGUUUCCACCACACCUGUAAUAAUAGCAGUAAAACAAGUUAUAACUACCGAUACGAGUGCUCCCAAAAUAGCUCUUGAUAACGAUAUCGAUGGUUAUAAUAAUUAUGGAAAUUAUAAGAAAGAUGAUUAUACACCACAAACACUUCAAAUACCUAAUGAGCGAUUAAGUGUUUACGAAAGUGAUAUUACCACUGAAGAUGAGGCAGAUGAUAUGGAUAAAUUUGAAAAGGAAAUCAAUAAACCUGCCAAUUCAGGUGAAUCUAAAAGCAUAAAAAAGAAAAUCCUUGCAAUUGAUGAAUAUGGUUUUGUUUAUGAUGUUUCUGAAAAAGAAAUCCCACCAGGAGCUGAUCGAACUAAAAGAACAGUACAAGCACCCGGUGCAGAGGAAAAAACUACACGAGUUAUUAAGUUAUAUCGUGAACGUGAGGCCAAAUGGUUGGUUGCUCUUGGUACUAUGAAUCCUAAUACGGCAAGAGAUUCAAAAAAAAUUAAAAAAUUGGCACGCCUUGGUAUUCCAGAAUCUGUCCGUGGUAAAUCAUGGCAAUUUAUGGCAGGUGCAGAAAAGUAUAGAAAGUAUCGAUAUUAUGAUGAACUUCGAAAAAGACCCGAUCUCCCAAUAUAUGAUGUGAUUGAGAGAGAUAUAAAUAGAUGUUAUCCUGAUCACAUUCAAUUUCGUAAAGAGACAGGUUCAGGACAAGAAGAUCUCUAUGAUGUUCUUAAAGCAUAUGCACACUAUAAUCCAGAAAUAGGAUAUUGUCAGGGGAUGGGACGGUUGGUUGGAAUGAUGCUUAUGCAAAUGCCAGCAGAAGAUGCAUUUUGGCUUCUUGUGGCUACAAUUGAUGGAUAUAUGAACGACUAUUAUACACCCACCUUAGCACAAAUACGUAUUGAUGCUUUUAUAUUUGAAAAACUUUUAGCCGAACAUGACCCUAAAUUAUCAAAACAUUUGGCUGAUAAUGAUAUAAUUCCAUUAAUUUAUAUGACACAAUGGUUUAUGACAUUGUUUACAAUGGCAUUACCGUGGGCAUCGGUAUUACGAAUUUGGGAUAUAUUUUAUUUUGAGGGCACAAACCUAUUUUUUAGAGUAGGAUUGGCAAUGUUAGAUUGUGUUCGUGAUCACAUUCUUAAGAAUUGUCCAACAAGUUCGGAAAUUUUAUCGUUUAUAUUACACAUCCCACAUGAAUUGUUAACACCAGAUCCACUUUUGGAGGCAAUAUUUAAAAUCAAAUUAAAAGCUAGUGUAAUUAAAAAAUUGACUAAAAAAGCAGCAAAGAUUGAAUUAGAAAAAGAAAACAAUAAUAGCAGCAGCAGCUUGUCAGCAAAUAAAAACAACACUGAUAUUACUAGUUCUAGUAAAAAAUCAAAACAAUCUAAAAGUUCAGGAAAUGCAAAAAUAAAAUUUAAAUUAGUUGGUGAAUAA